GUGGGUUUGGUCUUCACUGACUGGUUGAACAUAAAAGCCUGAAUGCUGACACACACAAACACACAUUCACUCAGAGAACACAGAAGCUGUUUCCCUCUUCCUCUGCUCCAUUUCCCCCCAGCUGAAGCGACUUCUAUAAGACCUGGACUUUUCAAUAUCUUGCUUGGGAACGUCUGUAGCUGACAAGUUGUUUGGAAAGCAAAUAUGUCUCUGCCAUUGUCCUUCCUGAUAUGUCUGUCAGUCUUCCACCUGUGUUUGGGAACUGGGCCUGUGGAGGAACUCAUUAAAGUCGAAGAAGCACCUAUUUUAGGGGGUUGGUCUGACAGACAGCCGGAGUCAAAAGAUGUUCAGAGGGCGGCUCAAUAUGCUGUGGAGAUGUACAACAAAGAUUCAAAGGACAAGAAGUUGUUCAAGCUGGUCUCAGUUACCAGUGCUAAAUCCCAGGUAACCAAUAUGAUAAACUUUGAAAUCGAUGCAAUCCUUGGAAAAACCAAAUGUCUUAAGACGCAAAACCUUGACAUUAAAAGCUGCGAAUUGGACAAAGAGCAAGUAAAGUGUCAGUUUUUUGUGACUUUGAACCCCCACAACGACAAACAUGAGCUGAACACCAAAACAUGCAACAAAGUUACAUAGAAGGGUUAAUACUUUUUUACAAUGUCAAGAUAACCAAAGAUCAUCCCAUUAUUUCCAUGCUGGAGAUUUUAGGUUAUCAGUAACAAUACAUGAAGUUACCUUUAAAAUGAAUUACACAAAGUAGCAUCUAAACCCAAAAGUAAAAUCAAACUUCAAUAAAAUCAGUGAGGUUGUGUGUUUGUUUUGUCUCAUGCAAGCUUUACUUUUAACCUAUUUCCUUUUGUAUUUAAUCAUUAGAAAUCAUAGUCAGGCAGAGAGAGAGAGAGAGAGAGAGGUGCAAAGCCAUGAAACAGGAACAGCAGGCUUCAUGAUAAAAGGAAGUAAAUUUCCAGCCGGCGGAUUUAUAGAAAUAUUUGAGACUAUUCCUUAUUUCAAUACAAGAAAGUUUUAAAUAAGAAAUUCUUAUCAAAAUUAGUAAUUGAAUAAGACCCAAAGCAAAAUACUUAUAUUGAUAAUGUUUUCUCUUGUAAGAAUGAACAACUGUAACUUUGGUUUCAAACAAUAAGAAUAAUGGAUGAUUCCUGGUUUCUUUUCAUAAGAACACCUAUAAUUACUCACAAUAUGAUUAUAAGAAGAGUAACUAAUCAGGCAUGAUUAUCAUAAUAUUAUAAAUUACUGCUAAAU